CUCGCUACCCGCCAAUAAAAACCUGAGGCUCUCAAAUUUCACAGGCAAAAUAUCCUUUAAUUCCAGGAUCAUAUACUCACCAACACAGAAACCCAAACCCACCCUCUAAAACUCUCAUUCAGCAGAGUUAAAGCUUUAAGCGUACCACUAGAGAAGCCCUUUUUUUUUUUUUAGUGUUUUGCAAUGGCUACUGCUAUAUCCGCAACUGGGUUUAAGGUAGGUUUAGGUUCAUCGUUUCAUGGAAACUGGGGAAGUUCAGUGAGCGGUGAAGAUUAUCCCAUGUUGGUUAAGUCAGUGCCAAAUGUUCGAGUGGCGAAGCCCAUUAAAUCAGCGCCUAUGAUGAAGAAUGUCAAUGAAGGGAAAGGCUUAUUUGCUCCUCUCGUUGUUGUCACUCGCCAAAUUAUUGGGAAGAAGCGGUUCAAUCAGCUUAGAGGCAAAGCUAUCGCUUUGCAUUCUCAGGUGAUUACAGAAUUUUGCAAAUCAAUAGGAGCUGAUGCAAAACAGAGGCAAGGGCUGAUUCGUUUGGCGAAGAAGAAUGGUGAAAGACUUGGGUUCCUUGCAUGAUAACACCACUUAUGUUUUUCAUGUUGUCACUAGUCAGUAACAUGAAUGCUUUUAAAUUUAUAGUUCAUUUCAAGAGUUGUUACAUGUAAGCAUACUUCUUUCUUUCUGAGUAUUUACCCAGAAACAGAAUGUAACUAGAAUAUCUCUUACAUGGUCUUUAUUCUUCCCUUCA